ACCAGCUUUUACACAUCUCGAUGAUGUCGAUUGAUACAUCAGCUUUGGGCAUGACUGACGACAUGAUCACGGAGAAAACGGUGAUCGAUGACACCGACGGUGUACACGACCUCUUGCCCGACGUCGUCCACACCGCAAUGAGAGGGAUCGCAGGGGGCUUGGGAAAGAUUGGGGACAGCGUCGAUGAGUUGGUCGACGAAAUAACGGACAGUUUUAAUCACGUCAUGAAAUCGUUUGCGUUCAGCAUACCGUUUAAUCAGGAGAGCGUGCCAGCUGCAGUCAACGAUGAGAACCUCGGCAACAACAUUCAUUUACCAAGUCUUUUGCCAAAUGGCGCCCCCUACCGGUUUGGUCUGCAUAUCAGGCGGGAUGAUUUGGGCUACAGAAUCGCCAGAAUCUUCAAGAAUACAAUCGCACAUCAUGCCAAGCUUGAGGAGAACGACAUCCUGACUCAUCUCAAUGAUGUUGACCUUUCUGCGACAAACAUUGUAAAGGUCAUUUCCCUUUUCUCAAGAGUUGGAAACCCGUUUUCACUGACAAUUCUCCGAGAAUUGGAAUCGUGUGAAAGAAUAGAGAUCGUCAUUCAAAUCACCAUUGAAAUAAACGAUAUCGAACAGUCCAUCGACUUCAAGGUCACAGUCAGGGGUACACAUUACAUCCGGGACACCAAUGAUACAUUGACAACCUAUUACAUCACUCAAGACCCGGAUGGUGAAUCGGAGCAAUACGUCAACAUGGAAUCGAAUGGCAGUUUGGUCAUGGGCUCCGAUCAAAAUGCUGCCUCGUUUGUUUUGGAGAAGUACUUCACGAUCUUCGCUGAUGAUUCGUUCCCAGUGAUCCUCAAAACGUCCGAUGGCAGACGUGCAUUUAGUUUCACCCAAGAAAGGAUGAUGCCGUUUAAUCUAAGGCAGAUAAGGAAUUAUAUGAUGAAUGCUACAGUCGAUAAUGACGGAUCCUCUGUGUUUGAGCAGUUGUGCAGACAAGAUGGGGACAGCAACCGAUAUUUCCUGAAUAAUUCUGAUGGCCAGAUCGUCGUGUCAGCAUUUGAAGAUCGCGACUCCGUGUCGACGACGGCACGAUUCGUCUUAUAUUCGGCGGAUGAGGAAUCAACUCGUACGGCCUCAACCGGAAGUGACGAAGAAGGGCCGAGGCAUUCGAAUGGACGACCGCGACCGUAUUAAGGAAUCUUGAAAAGUGCACUCUACCAUGGUGGCUCAGUGGUAGAGCGCCCGCCUCAUGGACGGGAGGUCGUGGGUUCGAUCCCCGGCCGAGUCAUACC